AUGUUUGAUAAUCUCAAAGCACAAGUGUCUCCCAGAGAAGAGUUCGACAACAGAUCCUUUGAGAGCGAACGAUCGAAGUUCCACAUCAUUGCUUUCCUUUUCUUUCCUAAUUCGCCUUCCCUUCUUCUUCUUCUUCUUCUUCUUCUUCACCUCCGCCCAGAUACCUUCUCCCCUUCUCUUCUCCGGCGACGCACCGACAUGCUCUGGAUCCAAUGCCGCCUCCCUCCAACGCUGUCUCCCCCAGUCAACCUCCUCUCUUCGACCUCUAAUCGAAUCCCCAAUCACAACCCUUGUUCCCUUUCCUUCUCUCCCAAGUUCUUGAAUCCCAUCCGGCUGCUUUGCGUCCAAUUCGAUUCCAUCCGAAGCCGGCACCGCCGCUCUGCUGUUCUCUCUUGCAAGGGAUCAUCGGACGAUCAUCGGUUGGUGGAUGGACCUGGAGAUGAGGAUCAGUUUAUUGAGGCCUUUCUCCUCGUCUCAGAAACUGUCAGGCAUUACAACCUUUGGAAAAACGGUUUUGUAAAUGACACAAGAUGGCAACCGCCUGGUCAUAUGUAUCCUUUUUCCAAUCACACAAAGGGGCCAAACUCAGAUGUCAGUUCCAUUGGUUAUGGGUUCCUUCGUCGAUAUCAAAGCCCUACAAUCUUUCUUAAAAUUGCUUGUGAGGAGGAUCUGUUCUUGCCAGUGGUUGUAGGGGAAAAUGCUGUUGAUAUGCUUAUGGCUUCUUUUGGAGAAGAUGUGGAUGAGGAAUGUCUAGAUCUGUAUCAGUUGGUACAAAAUUUGGUGGGGAAGUUUGGCUCUGUGGUAAAAAUGGUGCGGAUCACAAAAAGAGUACUCAAUACAUACUGUGCUCAAAUUUUCUUCGAGAAGUUUGAAGAUAGAAGCAAUUUUAGCAUUGAUGCACACCCCUCAGAUGCUAUUACUUUGGCAAAAAGGUCAAAGGCACCAAUCUAUGUAAGCAAGGAUGUUGUUCUAAAAGACACGAUAAAAAAUCUAUAUGGGACAUGGAGAAGAUCUAGUGUUAAAACCGUCUAUGAUGUAACCUUGGACAGUGCAGCAGAUGGUCCUGAUAAGCUCCUUGAGGAGCUUGAUUUAAUGAAGAAGAUGGAUAUAGCAGUGCUGGAGGAAAGUUAUGAAGAUGCAGCUAUAUGGAGAGACAAACUCAUGAACCUUCGCGCUCCAAAAGAUGGACUUCAGAUGAACUAAGAAUUUAAUGUUUUCAAGUGAUGGAUAGUUCACCUCCAAGAACAAUAGUUGAAGCCGAAGCAAGGUAUGUACAGCUGCAUUUAUAUAUAAAAAACCUUGAAAUGUGAAGCUGAAUGUGCUCAUAUUGCUUGGGCUUGGGAGCUGAGUCGUGGUUGUGUAUUUUUUAUUGACUACUUAUAUAUUCGGUGUAAAUAAUA